AUGUUAACAGAAUUAAUCCGAGACGAAGGCAUCCAAGUCCAGACGAUUACUUCAUUAAUUGCCAACCAUCCUCAAGAGAUCAAUGAAAAAGACGAAUAUGGCCGUACUGCUUUACAUAUUGCAGUUAGCCGUGGUCGCCUCGAUCUAAUCCAAUGUUUAUUGGAGAAUGGCGCAGACCCCAUGGCUUUAGAUCACCAAGGUAACUCUCCACUCUUUUUCUCCCUCAAGCUACAAAGUGCACAAUUUUUAAGCAGUCAUGGUGCUGAUAUUCAACAUCGCAAUCUUCGUGGUGAUCGAGCUGUGGAUUAUGUACGCCGUCUUGGUGGCCGAUCGGAGCUCAUCGACUUCUUGUCUGGAUAUCAAAACGAACAAAUCGCUACUGCAUUACAAGGUCAAUCAUGGAUUAAAUUACGUAAUAGGACAAACCAACCUCGAGUUAGCGUGUUAACUUCAAUCUCUACAACCAUUAAAUCGGUUUAUCAUCAUUUUGGCUUAGCAAAGUUAAUAGCAAUAUUCCUCUUUCUUGUUGUUCUCUCUUUAUAUCUAGCUUAUUAUAUUACUGGUAUUUGGCCAAGGUCUUGUAUCGCUGAUAUUUGGCUUAGUAAGCAUGAUCUAACUUUUCAGACUCGUAAUAGUAGAUUAUUCUACUAUGAUCAAGGAUAUUUUCAACUACAUCAGUUAUCACCCUUAGUUUUAGUUCUUCGAGAUAUAAUAGAAUGCAAUCAAGAUGUUACUGUGGCUUCAUUAAUAUGCAACGAAUGA